AUGGCGAAGACGUUUCGCACGGUGGCGGUCUCGGCUCUGUCAAACAAUGGACAGUCCACGCCGAAGUACAACAAACCGGUCACGCUCAAUAUCAAUUACGACCCUCAGGGCCUCAGCAUCGAGCUUGUCUCAGGAGAUAUUAGCGGCAAGGAAAAGACAAGUCUGUUGGAAUUUCCAGUGACUCCUAGUACUGAAUGUUCUCGUGUAUCAUCUCGAAGUUAUGUUUUUACACUCGAUACAGAUAGCUUACUCAUUACAUUUGCUAAUGAAGCAGAUUUUCGCAACUUUCACUCGCACAUAGUAAAACUCAAGGUAGGAAAAGGUAUAUCAGCAUUUAAUGAGAGAACGGAAGAAUCCUCAGCGAUGCAAUAUUUUCAAUUUUACGGCUAUCUCUCGCAACAACAAAACAUGAUGCAGGAUUAUAUUAGGACUAGUACAUACCAACGAGCAAUCCUUGGAAACUUGUCUGAUUUUAAGGAUAAGGUUGUACUAGAUGUAGGCGCUGGUUCCGGUAUAUUAUCAUUCUUUGCCAUACAAGCCGGUGCUAAGAAAGUGUACGCUGUAGAAGCGAGCAAUAUGGCAAACCACGCCGAGCUAUUAGUUGCAGCUAAUAAUUUGUCGGAUAAAAUAAUAGUCAUAGCUGGAAAAAUAGAGGAGAUCGACUUAUCCGAGCGUGUGGACUGUAUAGUGAGUGAGCCUAUGGGAUACAUGUUAUAUAAUGAAAGAAUGCUCGAAACUUACUUGCAUGCAAAGAAGUGGUUAGCUCCAGGCGGGAGAAUGUUUCCCUCGAGAGGUGAUCUGCACAUUGCGCCUUUUUCUGAUGAAAAUCUCUAUAUGGAACAAUUCAAUAAAGCCAAUUUUUGGUAUCAGACAUGUUUCCAUGGAGUAGAUCUCUCUGCCAUGAGAAAUAACGCUAUUAAAGAAUACUUUAGGCAACCGAUUGUCGAUACUUUUGAUAUUAGAAUAUGUAUGGCGAAAUCGGUGAGGCACAUAGUAGACUUCCAAACAGCUGAUGAGACUGAUUUACAUAAAAUAGAAAUAGAUGUCGAUUUUCAUAUACUGGAGAGUGGUACAUGCCAUGGUCUAGCUUUCUGGUUCGAUGUAGCAUUUAUCGGAUCUACACAACAAGUUUGGUUAAGUACAGCUCCCACAGAACCUCUCACACACUGGUAUCAAGUACGCUGCCUCUUAGAAAAUCCAUUGUUUUGUAAAAGUGGGCAACUACUCUCUGGGAAAGUCAUUCUUAUAGCAAAUAAAAGACAAUCCUAUGAUGUAACAAUAGAACUGAAACUCGAAGGAACGAAUAUGGAAAGCAGUAGCAACACCUUAGACUUGAAAAAUCCUUACUUCCGAUACACAGGCGCUGCAGCGCAACCACCUCCUGGUUUAAAUAACACUUCACCUAGCGAAUCCUAUUGGACAACUCUGGACGCGCAGGGUGCUCGACAAGCGGUGAAUAUGGUCAAUGGAAUGUCUGUUAAUGGUCUUGGCGAGGUCUCAAUGGACACAAGUGCGACCGUAAAUCCAAAUAAUUUGCUGGCAAUAGGAGGGCAACCAAACAUUCAUCCCGUCACAAGCACACAAGCGGCACAAUUGAUAGGCGGUGGAAUAACACCAAACAUGUUUACAUCACCCGCUACUCUUGGUGUUACUUUCCAGCAAUCGCUGGUCCUCGGCAACUCUUCUCAUUAUCCAGUGAAUCCCAGCCUGAUGAUCGGUGACUAUGUGACUCCUGGGAACGGUUUAUCGCCGCAAGUAUAUCGGCAAUGAUCUAUGGCGAAAUCGUUUCUCGCCGAAUAUUCUCGCAAAAUAAAACAGUUACAAAACGAUCGUAAUAGUUGUAACAGUAUUGGAGACAAUGGCAACAACAGUAAACAAAUCCGCAAACUGGUAUUUAGCUCUCCGGCCAGUAAACUUCGACUCUCGUCUGCCGUACGGAUUUUAAGUACCGUCGAUUUGGCCAAUUUUAAUCCAGACUUUGGUCAUAAUAACGUCGCUUAUUCAAACAAAAGUACAGUUAGACACGGGUUUACGUUCGAUUGGAAUUCCGCAAGAAGUAAUAGGUCUCAAAGGGAGGCACGUUGGAAAAGACUGCGAGCCGUCCUCUCGUAGUUGUCAUCAAUUAAUCGUACAGUUAGUUUCAUUGGCUGUUCCAUUUAGUCAUUAUUCGGGAAAAAGUAGAGAAAAAGAGAAAGGAUCUUCCAGAUCGACGAGCAUGCUUGCCAAAUAUACCCACAUGAGAAUAUAAUAUUUUUUAAUGACAAUACAGUAUCGUCGCUCUGUAGUAUAGUCAUCACUAUAUUUUACAAAGUUUACACAAAACUGUGAAACGCGAAUAAUUUAUAACGAAAGAGAGAAUAAUCUCGCGAAUUGCUGCAAUUUCUUUGUUUUAAUUUGAUGAAUUGAAAUGAUGAUUUAUAAAAUCGACUAAGUAUUCAAAGACACAUAGGGGCAUAUUUUACUAAGCUGCGACGUUGGCUUGGUUGGGUUUCGAUAUCAAGCGACUUUUACACGAGUUUUUAGAAUAGGCAAACAGCGUUUCGACAACAUUUUGAGAAGUGCAAAGAGCAAUAAUACAUUAGGCAUACGUUGUAGAGCACUCUGUGGCAUUACCUGUUAUUCAGCUGUUUCUUGCUCUUAUUUUAAUCGACGUGUCUUUAUUACGUUAGCAUGACAAUACAUGAGAAAGUACAACUUUUUAUGAGUAUUAGUUAUUACAUUUCAGUCACCCGUGUAAUCCAUAUCGAGAUGUUUUAAUUGUUUGAUAGGUAUGUGUGUGCGAUAACUACUCAUCUAUCGAUUAUGUUUUUAUAGGUAAAUUGUAUAUAUCUGAAUGUAUGACACGCAAACAGAUAGGGAUACUUCAUCUAGAAAAAGAAAACGACGGCAACUGAUCGAUCAUGAAAUCGUCCUAAAUUAUGAAUGUAACGAGUUACGUUGCCAUAGUGUGUAAAUGUGUAAUUGCACAUUUGUUACAAAUGUAGACACAUUGAAACAAGGAUUGCUCGAAUGGAAUCUUAUAGUUUUAUAUAAGAUGAUCUGUCUGUAAUUUGUAAGGUAUAGCUUUGCGUUACACUUAAUUUUUUUUAUAUAUAUUUUGUAGUCGCGAGAAAUGUCUGUUUUAAAAGAUUCUCAUCAAGCUUUUUCUCAAAAGUGCAUUGCACAGAUAAUAUAUUGUUAGGUGUUUAAAGCGAUAUUAUCCAGAAAUUGAAACAGAUAUAUAUCGGAUAUUAUUUCUUCCUACUACAACUAUGAUUUUUGUUUCAAAUUGUGUAAUAAAAAAAGUUGGUGAUGCCAUUUCUUUUCUUUUUUUGCGUUGGAUUUUGCAUCACUUUUACAUAUGUUAUGAUGUAUCGAUAAAGUAUUAAAAUCUUUGAAAAUAGACACUUUUUGCUUGAAUGAUCUGUACACGUAAUAAGUGAUGCUUGGAAACUUGUAUAUGUUCUCUGUACUCAUAAUAAUAUUAUAAAGUAAAAAACAGAAAUAUACGGCCCCAUAAUGGCUUUUUGUCAUCUUUAACUCUUUCCACUCAUGUACAUUGAUACAGCGAUAUAAAGUUCAGUUAUUGAUAAAUAUAGAUUGUACAUUUUGCUUAAUAUGCGAUAAAAGAUAAUUUUAUUUAUUUUUGCUAAAAUUGUGUUUGAGAAAAUUCUCAUUAUCUAUUUUUAUUACAAUUUCCUCUCAUUAAACUAAUAUAGUAAUACAAAUUUGAGUGUAAAGGGUUAAAUUGUUAAGAUAUUUAACUAUUUAACUACAAUCUCUUAUAUACAAAGUAAAAUGUU